UACAGAAGACUAAUUAGAUACUUUUUUUUUUUUGGCUAAAUGGAUGACGAACUGAUUGACCCCAUGGAGCAUUCCAUCGAUGAGAUUCGCCACAAUUUCGAGAACUAUAAAAUGCGCCGUGCCUGCUUGAAUAAAGUGGACGAGGUUCAAGGCGCGAGGCUUCGAUUCGAUAAGGACCUACGGGAUUUACGUGCCGAAAUGCAGGAGCUGCGCCUGGAAAUGAACACACUGCAUACGCGCCAAUCGGAGCUUCUAUGCUGGCUCGAUGUCAAUGCCAUUGAGGAGCUGCCAUCGAGCUUAGAAAUGAUGGAUCUAAUAAUACAUAAACAGAAAGCGGAUGGUAUGGUUUCUAGUGAACAGCCGAUGGAGUUAACGGGCUGCCAGCAGAAGGACAAACUGCAGCCAGAUCAGGAUCAGCUGGUCAUCAACUGCGAGUCCACACCGUGUCUCUUUGACUACUGCCACACGCAGGUCGACAGUCAUCUGCUGCUGCUGCACUACUUCUGCGAUCACAACGAGGAAACUUCCGCUUCGCAGCGCUGCCACAAGGUGUGCAAGGGAAAGCGUGUGAUACUGUCCUUUGACAGUCGAUGCUGCAAAUUUCAGCAGAAUCAUGUGAUUGGGCUGCUCGCCUAUAUUGGCCCAUGGAUGGAGGAGAAGCCGCUCGAUUUGUGGAAAUCAGCUGGCGACAUGUACGAUUCGUUUUUACCGCAGGAGCAAGCUCAUCUGGCCAGCAACGUGCCGAUUGUGGUGCUCAUCUGCUUGACGGCUCCGAAGACUGUCUUGCAGGACAAGCCACUCGCACGUUGCACCUUGCCUCCAGCUAAUGCCGAAGAUCAGGUGUUUGUCAUUUGGCUAGCGACGACACACGAUCUGCAGGUGGAUCUGCGUGCCAGCCUGAAACUCUAUGGUCGAGAUGUAGCCAUCCAGGCAAAGACCCAGCUGGCCGUCUGCCAGGUGCAAAUCACUGGAGACACGAGUCCCUUUAUGCCGGUGGGUGCCAACUAUUGGCGUCUAUCGUUCAGCGAGAUUCAAAAGAUAUCGAAUAACUUUCGUGACGAGCUGCAUCUGGAGAUUGACCUCAAGCAACUUAGCCCCAACUGGAGCCCGAUCUGUUGACCAAAGACUGCAUUCUACUCACAC